CUUCUUUGUUCUCCAAUCUAAUAUUGACACUUCCUCUCAUGAGGCCCUCCAUGCAAUCCCUGCGUUCUUGGACGCGUCUUAUUCGGUUCAUUGGCAAGGAUGGUAAGGUCUAUACUGGAGAACCACAGGGACCAUUAACUUGGCCAAAGUUGAUUGCAGCCUCUGGUUCCAAACCAUCAUUGGACAAUGUCAAUCAUGCUGACAAUCUGUCAGCCAAAGUCAUCAAGGGCGACAUCUUCUCAUCUGCUUCAGAGGUUUCAGAUACGGUCGUUCCUGUAGCGAAGCUGCUUUCACCCCUGGCAUAUGUACCUAUUUUCCGAUGUAUUGGCCUCAAUUAUGCAAAACAUGCAGAGGAGACCAAACUCCCGAUCCCCAAAUUCCCCGUGUUGUUUAUGAAACCCUCCAUGGCCCUUCAGGAUCCCUUCAAACCUAUAGUUGUUCCCAAAAUUGCAGAGAAUAAUCAGGCUGACUUUGAAUGUGAGCUUGCAGUCGUCAUUGGAAAGCCUUGCAAGGAUGUCAAGGAGAAUGAGGCAUUGGAUUAUGUCCUUGGAUACACGGUUGCUAAUGACGUUAGUACACGCAAAUGGCAAGGUACCAAACUUGGAUCUAGCCAAUGGUGCUUCAGCAAAUCCUUUGACACCUUUGCGCCCCUUGGGCCAUCCUUGGUUUGUCCAAGUCUGAUCAAGGAUCCUAAUCAACUUCGUAUCAAAACCACAUUGAAUGGAAAAGUGAUGCAGGACUCUAAUACCUCGGACAUGAUCUUCAAUGUUCCUUAUUUGAUCUCAUUUUUGAGUCAGUCAACUACGUUGAUGCCUGGAGAUGUAAUUUUGACAGGAACGCCUGAAGGUGUUGGUUUUAAACGUGACCCACCAGUGUAUCUUCAACAUGGAGACCAUGUUGUAUGUGAGGUUGAAAAUAUUGGCGAGUUACAUAACAAUGUCGUUUAUGAAAGCAAGCAGCAUCAAUGAUCACAACUGUAAUAAAAAUAGAUUACAAUUCCUCCCCAUUAGCAUACUAGUGUACAGUAUGCACUUCAUUUUAAA